UAAAGCGCCCUCCAUCCUUCCAACAUUCAUUCAGUCCUUUUUCUGGGAUCCAGUACCUACUCUCAUUUUACCAUGAAGAUCACAAUUGUGGUCUUAUUUCUGGCGUUAGCCAUUCUGGCAACGGCUGAAAACAAUCAACCGGGACACAAAGAGGCAGAAAAGAAAGAAGCGGCAAUAAAACAAACGGAAGAAAAAAAGAACGACCAGCAAAAAACAGAAGAAUCCAAACAAACCGAGCAAAAGCAAGAAGUGGAACAGGGCGACAGGAAGCAAGAGAAGAGAGGCCUUAUUCACGACUUCGGGUACGGUGUAGGCUUUGGCCACGGGCUGGACAGUGGCAUUUUCGGUGGCUACGAUCAUACUCUACACCAGGAACACGUCAAGACAAUCACUCUGACCGAAAAAGUACCAGUGCCUCAGCCUUACCCAGUGCACGUACCAGUGGAAAAACAUGUUCCGUACCCAGUAGAAAAGCCAGUUCCAUAUCCUGUCAAAGUCCCUGUUGAUCGUCCCUACCCAGUCCCCGUAACCGUCCAUAAACCCGUACCUUACACAGUACACAAACCCGUGCCGUACGCUGUCAAGGUCCCCGUCGACAAGCCAUAUCCAGUUCACGUAACAGUAGAGAAGAAAGUUCCAUACCCAGUCGAAGUAAAAGUCCCUGUACCACAGCCCUACACUGUUCACGUACCAAAACCUUAUACCGUAAUUGUCGAAAAGAAAGUUCCAGCACCCUAUCCAGUCCAUGUCAAGGUCCCUGUUCCUCAGCCCUACCCCGUCCACGUCAAAGUCCCAGUAACUGUACACGUAGAUCGUCCUGUCCCUGUGGAAGUUAAAGUUCCAGUCGACAGGCCAAUCCCAGUACCAGUAGAGAAGCCGUACCCAGUCCCUGUAGAAAAGAAAGUACCGUAUCCGGUUGAGAAGCCAGUACCUUAUCCCGUGAAGGUCCCUUAUGACAGGCCUAUUCCUGUGCAUGUAGUGAAACCAUACCCCGUCCAUGUAGAGAAGAAAGUACCAUAUCCCGUAGAGAAGAUUGUUCCUUAUCCUGUAGAGAAGCAAGUACCUUACCCUGUAAAGGUCCCAUACGACAGGCCUGUCCCAGUGCAUGUAGACAAACCAUACCCCGUCCCUGUAGAGAAGGAAAUACCAUAUCCUGUAGAGAGACCUGUUCCAUAUCCAGUUAAAGUCCCUGUGGAGAAGGAAGUGCCGUAUCCUGUAGAAAAGCCUGUGCCCUAUCCAGUUAAAGUCCCUGUGGCAAUACCAGUCCAUCACGAACAUGGAGGAAUUGAAUAUGGAGGACUGGAACACGGAGGAUUUGAGCAAGGAGGUUUUGGGCAAGGAGGUUUCGGGCAUGGAGGACUUGAGCAUGGAGGAUUCGGAGAGGGCUUCGGACAUCACAAAUAAAACAAACGCUAUCUUCAAGUUCAACCCGAAAAUAAGCACUAAAUUAUCACACAGCAAUUUAACCCUUUCUGUGCUGAAUAUCUGGCUAAGAAGUAUUUUAUUUACGUAUUAAAAUAGCAACUUAUAAUUUGCAUUGUCUGAACAAUGAAAACAGACAGCCUCAACCGCCGUUAGAAUUUGUAUAGGCUGGGAAGUUUGAUUUAAAGUAUGGUUUAAGGCGUUCGGAACAAGGAAAGGGUUGCAAAUAUGUAAUUACGGGUAUACCAAACAAAAAAUUGCAUAAAUGUGCUGUGAUAAUUUGGACUUGCUCAAACACGUGACCAAAGACUAUCAAGAAAGUUUAAUAAUUUUCAUUAUCUUUCAAAACAUUCGCAUUAUUCACACCAAAAUACACUGUCGCGAUUUUCUUCAAACAUCUGUGUACCCAUAAAUAUAUUUAAUAUCUUUUAUAAUUGCAAGGAAAACCGGGAAAGGGAAUUGGCUACUAAACAGAAUAAAAACAGUGGAGUAACGUCAACUUGUUUCUAGCAUUAUAUAAUCAAAGUCUCCUUGCAGUGUGCAUGGUUGAUGUUGAUAUCAAAUAUUUCCUGCAUUACCCAAGUUCCCCCCUGUGUUUACGACACUUAAUGUUGUUAAGUUUAUGUAAACGAGUUUUACGACUGAAUAAAUCACUGUAUUACUAUG